ACUGUGUAUCAUUUGCAAUGGGAGGUAUGGAUUUCCAAUGCAGUACAGCCCAACGUCGCAUAUCCAUCCUGGCCAAUUAACCGCCCACACUCGGAGCAGUGCUUGUACCUGGUGUCAGUUAUUUGAGAGACGUUCACAAAAACUACCCUUUCACGUAACUCUCUAUAUUUCAGUCCCAAGAGUUGGAUAUACGACGUACCCGUAUAUUCAUAUACCGUACAGCCCAUCUGUUAAGUCGUUUACCGUCAAUGGAAUAUUGGCUUCGGUUAAAAAUGUUGGUGCAAUAUUUGGACCAGUGGUCUGCGUCAAGCAGCCACACAUUUUAAAUUAGUGCCUCGACUCUCAAAUGGACGUUGAAUAGUAAGUUCAUACAUUUUGGUCAAUCCUGAACCAAUGAAGGGCAUUUCCCCACGUCACAGCGGCAACCAGUUAAGUCAGGAUAACCACGUUGAACUUCCAAAGUGGUUGCAAAGUCUUAUCGAACCAGGACCCAUGCAGAUAAUAACACGUCAAUUCACAAAUAUUGGUACAAACGAGCCUGGAUGGCUGGUGAUGAGACACUAAAAUGUCAAAAACCGGUCCAGAGUUUGCGUAUCAAUGCAGCUAAAGUCAUGUGCUCUCAGAAGGUCGUGUGGCUGAUGGACUGUGAAAAAAAAAACUUGUAUAUUUUUUGUAUGCGGGGACACUGAUAUAUAUGAAAGAGACAUUGCAGAUAUAUUUUCUGUCUGAGUGAUGUCACCAUCACCCCGCCCUCGACGAGUGGGAAACUCCAAGCUCUCCUCUAGAGGCUGAGGGGUGGGUAGAGCGCCAUAACCAAGUAUGAAAUCAAUAAAAACUCCACACACAGCUCACAUUUAACCCAACUUUGCCACCGAGUCAUUGUAAUAAUUACUUUAAAAAUAAUACUCCACCGUCAAAUUGCAUCGCAACUUUAUUUAAACAAACACGCCGAUUAAUUAUUGGCCAUUAAACUUCCGCCACCCCUCCCGCCCUGUGUCUAGGUGGUACAGUCCAGCACGAUCGGGCGCCACGUGGUGGGUGAUGGCGCUCUCUGCGGCGUGUUCCGCUUUGUUUUUAAAGUGACGCUUCACGCAAAGAUAACAAUGUCACGCGUUCACUAAAGCCGCCAUCAGACACACUGCACACUGUUGAUGAUGACAAUGCAGUGACUCGUAGGGGGUGAGAGGUGUUCGUGAUUUUACUGCGCGCGCUGUAACAGUGCAACAACGCCUCUCGCCAAACCGGCACGGAUAUAAUCUCGCGGUGCUACAGCGUUAUAAAUGUCCGUGGCUUUUGCCCUCCAACACACGGGUGCGUGCUGCUGCUGUACCAGUCUACGAAUUGGCCACGUUCUGUUUACGUGACAGACCUUACCAAUUGGCUGUGUCGGGUGGUGGCGGGUUUAACGACACACAUUUUUACGCGAUCUAACCCCAACAACCUGCAUUGUGGAUGAUGUUGGUCGCGAAAGUUCUACUGCGUGUUAAACUAAAGCGGCUGUUAACACGGGUGCUUGUGUGGGAGAUGCACGUGGCAGGUUGAGCGAGCGAUCGCGGGUCGAUCAGUGGCUGGGCGACACGGUCAACGCGUGUUGUACUGUAUUUUGUAUGCUCUCGACCUUCAACCCCGCCCUCACCGGCGCGGUGAAGUAUGGUCAAAUAGCUAUCCCGAUCCGCCAGGCGUGCCGGGAUGGCCCUCGGACAACAGUGGAUGUGCGGAAUGGUUGUUACAGCACUACGGGUUCAGUGUUUGGCAGGUACCAUCACGAGCUACCGGUUGCUUACACGGGGUGGGCGGGAAAUCCCUAUACCCCUUGACGGCCGCUUAACACGUAGGAUGACAACACCGACCUCGCCCUCCCUAUUCAAAGAGCCGCAUUGUAACUUAGUACCGGACGAUGGUGAUAUUUAAUCAAUUGACCGAUUACUUCACUGUAAGCGGAUAACGAGAGCAUGGCGGAGGUCGGAGGGGGGGAUAAGUUCGUAUCUAUUCCUGCAGUGUGCCGCUGUACGGGAGGUGAUGGGCGAUGGAUGAUGCCACGUGGCAUCAUCGUCACGUGACACCGUCGUGGCCACACGGCAUCGUCGUCACCGCCACGUGACACCGUCGUGGCCACGUGGCAUCGUCACCGCCACGUGACACCGUCGUGGCCACGUGGCAUCGUCGUGCGCUUCACGCGCGGGGUCGUGGAGAUGUCUCGUGGGGCAUGCACGGACGUGGCCCAGGGACUGGAAAGUCUUCCCAUUGAAUUGACAAACGGUGUGGAUGAUGAGAUGCCACCUUGCAUACAGUACACGCCGGACUACGUGCGGGGCCCCGGCUGUGCCGUGGACCCGGGCGAGCUCACACUGCCGGGGUGCGAGUGCGCCGACGGGCGCUGCGACGCGUCGCCCGUCGCAUGCCCGUGCCUCCGGGGCGGUGGCGACGGCGCGGCGUGCUACGACCCCGCCGGGCGUCUCGUCGGCGAUGCCGGAUUCGCGCGCCCCAUCUUCGAGUGCAACCCCCUGUGCCGCUGCGGAGACGCGUGCCCCAGCAGGGUGGUGCAGAAGGGACUGGCGGUACGGCUGCAGGUGUUCCGCACGGCGCGGAAGGGCUGGGCGGUGCGGACGCUGGAGCCGCUGGGCCGCGGGCGCUUCGUGUGCGAGUACGUGGGCGAGGUGCUGGGCGGCGCCGAGGCUCGGCGCCGGGCCGCCCGGCAGGCCUCGGGCAGUGACGGCAGGGCCAUCAACUACCUGAUCGCGGUGCGGGAGCACGCCGGGGACGGCCGGGGGGUCGCCCCGGCCACGAGCACCUACGUGGAUCCGGAGCGCGUCGGGAACGUGGGUCGCUUCCUCAACCACUCGUGCGAGCCCAACCUCGUCAUGGCGCUCGUCCGCGUCCACUCCGUGUUGCCAAGGCUGGCUCUGUUCGCCGCGCGCGACAUCGCCGACGGCGAGGAGCUCUGCUACGACUACUCGGGAGAAUUUCUAAACCCGCACGCGGCCGCGGAAGCGUGCGGACCCUCGUGGCGGCCAGAACGCGACGGCGGCCGGGAAACCGGCGCGGAUGCCGGCGACGACGGAGACGGCGCCCCAGGGGGCGACCGGGGAGGUCGUGAGGACUCGAGCGCCGUCUGCGCUUCCCCGGACGGUGACGGCGUCGCGGGCCAGCGGAAGCCGUGCUUCUGCGGCGCGCCCUCCUGCCGAGGCGUCCUCCCGUUCGACCCCACGCUCUUCGCAGACGAGCGGUGACGAAAAAAGUCUGCGGCGGAGACUUCAGCGGUUGUGCCGCACUGGCCCCGGGUGCGUUCUCAGGCCUUACCGCGCAUCGUUCGGCGGUACGGCGUCCGACGUUUCUCUCCACGUGCCGAGAGCUUCUUCAGCAACGGAAUUAGCUCCCCGAGCACGUGGAGUGAAACGUCGGACGUGAUGCCGUACAACGUCAUGCGGGUUAUUGGGGGGCUAUAUGUACCGUAACCUUCACCUUGCUUGUCAGUGCGGGUUCGUGUUGGUGCAGGGCAGAGAAUAGAGAGCAGUGGGUUUUACCGCAAUGCCCUCCGCUGCCCACCACAGCACCACAAAUCGACCAACGCCAUCACGCAGCAAAACAUAGCUCAAAGCAACACCUCGUGGCAGGGUUUCCCCACACUAGUUUCCCUUGCCUCUACACUGUCCAAUUUCCCUCAACCUAUAUUCAAAUGGCGGCUUUGUCGUAACAUACUGCAAGGUUGGCUAGUACGGCGCGAAAGAAGUUCAACGCACAUACGUGUAAGGUGACGGUGCGGCCUUGUACUUGCCCACGCAAGCAAAGGCUUUUUUUGGUCUACUCUUCCACCCUCGCCAGAUGUCUCGGGGUGGGAGUACCCACACUUUACCCCACCACAUUGGGACAUGCCAAUCGACUCCAAAGUUCGGUGUACCCAUUCAUAUCGCUGGGUGGACAGCGGUGAGCGGAUUUAUGCAACUCGCACCGUUGUCUUGACUGCCGUGCCCGGGAGAUCGAGCCAGGGGACCUUUGGGUUGCAAGUCCAGUGUGCUGACCGUUACACCACAUCAGCAUCCGUCACAAGCGUGUGGCGAUUGGUAAACACCUACCCCCCCUACUUGGACUUGAGUUUGAGAAGCUGUUUUUUGUGAAGGUCGCCUAAGUUGUAAAUUGUUGUGUCUCCAACGCCACGGUGAACUUCCAUUUUUGUAGGCAACAGUAAACUAUGAGCUCAUGUGCACUUUUUUUUGUGAGCGUGGAGCACGUUUAAGAUAGAAAUAUGCGAGCUAGUAAACUGUUGUUUUUACCCGUAUGUCGUUGUUGUGUUACGCGCUUCAUUGUGUUAUUUGAAUAAAAUUCGAUCAUCGAUUAUAUUAUCCGGCGGCUUAGGGGGCGCCGGAUUUUUUUAAACACCGGAUAAUCACUAAUCAUGAUUUAACAUAUCUUAUUUUUGCACAUUUUGGUACUACAUGUUUUUAGGUGGCGUGUAUAUGUUUUUUUGCGUUUUACAUUUGUUUACUAUAUGAAAUUGCCAAAAAUAAACAUACUGUAAAAAGGUA